CUCCUUUUCCGGGAUGUCGGCGAAGAGAAAAGCCGAGGCCAUGAUCCCGGCCGAGGAGAGCGACCAGCUGUUGAUCCGGCCCCUAGGUGCUGGGCAAGAAGUAGGAAGAUCAUGCAUUAUUCUGGAGUUUAAAGGAAGAAAAAUAAUGCUUGAUUGUGGAAUUCACCCUGGCCUAGAAGGAAUGGAUGCCCUACCUUACAUUGACUUGAUAGAUCCUGCUGAGAUUGAUCUCCUCUUAAUCAGUCAUUUCCAUUUGGAUCACUGUGGGGCUUUACCAUGGUUUCUGCAGAAGACCAGUUUCAAAGGAAGAACAUUUAUGACUCAUGCUACAAAAGCUAUUUACAGGUGGCUCCUUUCAGAUUACGUCAAGGUUAGCAAUAUUUCAGCAGAUGACAUGCUGUACACGGAGACAGAUCUGGAAGAAAGCAUGGACAAAAUUGAAACCAUCAACUUUCAUGAAGUAAAAGAGGUGGCAGGAAUCAAGUUCUGGUGUUACCACGCGGGCCACGUCCUGGGAGCAGCCAUGUUUAUGAUUGAAAUAGCUGGUGUGAAGCUUUUAUAUACAGGUGAUUUCUCAAGACAGGAAGACAGACACCUGAUGGCAGCUGAGAUUCCUAAUAUUAAACCUGAUAUUCUUAUCAUUGAAUCCACCUAUGGUACCCAUAUUCAUGAAAAAAGGGAAGAGCGAGAAGCAAGAUUCUGUAACACUGUUCAUGAUAUUGUAAACAGAGGAGGUAGAGGUCUUAUUCCCGUCUUUGCCUUGGGUCGCGCUCAAGAGCUGCUUUUGAUCUUAGAUGAAUACUGGCAGAAUCACCCUGAACUCCAUGACAUCCCAAUAUACUAUGCCUCCUCUUUGGCAAAGAAAUGCAUGGCAGUGUAUCAGACAUAUGUAAAUGCUAUGAAUGACAAGAUCCGCAAGCAAAUCAACAUCAACAAUCCAUUUGUUUUCAAACACAUUAGUAAUCUGAAGAGUAUGGAUCACUUUGAUGACAUUGGCCCCAGUGUCGUUAUGGCUUCCCCAGGUAUGAUGCAGAGUGGCUUAUCCAGAGAAUUGUUUGAGAGCUGGUGUACUGAUAAGAGAAAUGGAGUAAUAAUAGCAGGGUACUGUGUUGAAGGAACACUUGCCAAGCACAUAAUGUCUGAACCUGAAGAGAUCACAACUAUGUCAGGGCAGAAGCUCCCACUGAAGAUGUCUGUAGACUACAUUUCUUUCUCUGCUCACACGGAUUACCAACAAACCAGCGAGUUUAUCAGGGCACUGAAACCUCCGCAUGUGAUUUUAGUGCAUGGUGAGCAGAAUGAAAUGGCCAGAUUGAAAGCAGCAUUGAUACGAGAAUAUGAGGAUAACGAUGAAGUUCACAUAGAAGUUCACAAUCCUAGGAAUACUGAGGCUGUGACAUUAAACUUCAGAGGAGAAAAACUUGCCAAGGUGAUGGGGUUUUUAGCAGAUAAAAAGCCAGAGCAAGGACAGCGUGUUUCAGGGAUCCUGGUUAAAAGAAACUUUAACUAUCACAUCCUUUCUCCAUGUGACCUCUCAAAUUACACUGAUUUGGCUAUGAGCACUGUAACACAGACACAAGCCAUUCCGUAUUCUGGCCCUUUCAAUCUGCUUUAUUACCAGCUACAGAAACUGACAGGUGAUGUAGAGGAAAUUGAAAUCCAGCAAAAGCCAGCCUUGAAAGUUUUCAGAAAUAUUACUGUGAUCCAGGAACCUGGCAUGGUGGUAUUAGAGUGGGUGGCAAAUCCUGCAAAUGAUAUGUAUGCAGACACUGUAACAACAGUGAUCCUGGAAGUUCAGUCAAAUCCCAAAAUACAGAAAGCUGCAGUGCAUAAGAUUUCCAAAAAAGUAGAUAUGGAUGUAUUUAGCAAAAGGAUGGAGAUCAUGCUUCAGGACAUGUUUGGAGAGGACUGUGUUAGUGCAAAAGAUGGCUCUGUUCUAAGUGUCACAGUGGAUGGAAAGACUGCAAAUAUUUCAUUGGACACACGGACUGCUGAAUGUGAGCCAGGAAAUGAAGAUGAUGAAUCCCUUCGGGAAAUGGUGGAGUUGGCUGCACAGAGACUCUAUGAUGCCCUCAGCCCAGUCCGUUGACCUGACUGACCAGUAUAUAUAUAGGAAACACAAGAACAAUCUUUUAAAUACUUGAUUCAUUUUCACCAUUUUCAUAAAAAAAUAAAUAAAACUUGCCUUUA